ACUCGGUAAUCGGUAUAUUCCUGUAAUCGUAUUCAGUCUGUGCGAAAAAUAUUAAACGUUUGAUAAGGGAAAAACAUGUGCACUGAAACCGAAUAUUUUUGUAUUUUGUGUGCGAUAAUAACGAUACAUUGUGUGUUCUUACAAGUCACAAGUUAUAAUUAUAAACCAUGUACGUUUAUUAUUAGUUAUUAUUAAUUUUAUCGUCACGUACUCGCCUCCUACCGGGUUGGCGGUUACCGCAGUUCCCUCCGUUUGUGCAUUUAUAUUGGCGGGCGAGUGAUGGUGACUGUAUGUGUUUUUUUUUAUUCUAUAUUACACGAUUCGGUUUUAUAGAUAUAUUUUAUUAUUUACUCUGAUGGUGAAGGUGUUAUUAUGUUACUUUCAUUGUCAUGUUUUGACGUUCGACAGCAAUUACCAUGAAAAUGUCGAUCGCCGACAACGGUCGUCAGUGAUUUGAAUUAAUUUGAAUUGUGGGUUUCUAUGGCCUAACGUCGCUACUUAUCGUUUCCGCCGAUGUCCUGAUCAAAAUUUGAUGUCAUCUGCGACUUGCCCAUCCUCAGGAGACGAAUAAUUCCGUCUACCGAAUUCGACUUAGGACCGUCACUGGCUGGAUACGUGCUCAGAUCUGAAACCGUCUUCAUUGAGUUCAAAAAUCCGUCCAAAAAAUGGCUGAAGUUGUAACAAUCAGUGAGAAAGAAAACACACUAGCAGAAUGUAUUGCAUAUCCAAAAUUUGAAAAUUAUGGUUGGCAGACUUUGUACAAACAGUAUAUGUCAAAUGUUAUUAAAACACUUCAUAUUCAUAGUGAUAUAAGUCGUUUGUAUUUGCUCAUCAAACUUGAUGAAACAAUGAAUAACCUUGACGCAACUCUUAUCAAACUACAAUAUGAAGACAUAUUAACUAUAUCUCCUGACGCAGUACAAUUAACGACAAAUUUAAAAGAUAUUAUACCAGAAGCCGACCCCAUUUACUUGGAUCUAGUUGGAGAGUUCUAUGUCAAUAAUGACAAUAAUCUGUACGAAUUCAUUGGUCAAAUUACUACAAAUAAAAAAUACUAUCCUAGAAUAAAAGAGUACAAUGACCACGUUAACCAUUUGGGCAUUGUACAGAAUUUAAGAGACGGUUUCAACGUUCAAGAGUUUUUGAAGAUGUGCCCUGAUCCAGUUAAUUACUUCAAAAAUAUAAAAUUGAAUUCAUGUUCCACACAUUUUAAUGAAUCACUGUCUUAUUUAAGCGACAGGUUUAAUCUUCUUUCAAUGGCAAAGAUUCGUACUGAGUUUAUUAUUAAUAAAUACAAUUUAUCGAAUACUGUCGAAUCUUUACUAGCCGAUCCUUCACCAGUUCAUUUAAAGAAUAAGAGAAAAUCAUUUGGUAAUCGUCAUUCAGUCAAUUACAAGACAACAGAAAAUGUGGAAUUUUUAAAAGAAAUAGCAUAUCUUGAUCAUAAAGAUGAAAUUUUGAAUUAUAUAGAGUCCAUAAAAACUGUACAUAGAAUUCAAGUUGAACAGGCCAAGUCUAUUGGCGAGUUAAACACUUGUGGAUGCUGUUUUGAUAAUGAACUAUUAACCAGUGAAGUUUUUUCUUGUCCAGCUGGGCAUAUGUUUUGUUCAGCAUGUAUAAAAAAAGGUACAGAAGUUGCAGUUGGUGGAAGUAAAGUAGAUAUUAAAUGCUUUGCUGACUGUGGUGAAGAAUUUAAUUUAACAAUGAUAAAAAGCAUUGUUGAUGACAAACUAUAUCAACGUAUAAUGAGGUUGAAGCAAGCACAAGAAAUUAAAGCAGCUGGCAUUGAAGGACUUGAAACAUGUGCAUUUUGUGAUUACUCUGUUAUUUUGUCUCCUGAUCUCAAAAUUAUUAACUGCUUGAAUCCUGAAUGCAAAAAAGAAACUUGCCGGCAAUGUCGGGAAGAAAGUCAUUUCCCAUACAGAUGUGAUCAGAUAGAGAAAGCUCCAGAAGUACAAGUCAGAACCAUGAUUGAAAACAAAAUGACAGAAGUACUCAUAAGAAUUUGUUAUAAUUGUAAACGCAAGUUUGUCAAGGAAGACGGAUGCAACAAAAUGACUUGCAGUUGUGGUAAACAAAUGUGUUACAUAUGUAGGCAGCCAGUCAACUCAAAUUAUGCCCAUUUUUACCACCAAACAGUGAUGGAAAACAAGUGUCCGUUAUACACAGAUGAAAAUAUUGUACACACUACUGCUGUAGAAGCUGCUGCUAGAUUAAUAAUAAAUGAACUGAAAUUAAAAAAACCUGAUUUGUUAAAAAAUAUUGAUAUAAAUAAAAUUUUGCCAGCGUUAAAAAAAUCAAAUAAUUCUCCAAACAGUCAGGUAUCUGCUUUAGAUGUAAAUAAAGUAGUAGCUACAGUCAUUGGUCAAAAUGUAGAAGAUAUUAAUAAUCUCAAAGAUAUGAGAUCAUUGGAACCUAAAGUUAAAAAACCAAGAUAUUAAAUUACACAGAUGUGUAAAUUGCAAAUUGCUUAUAAAUGUCACAGAUUAUUAAGUACAAUUUCGAGAACAGUGUUUUUAAUUUUUAUUUUCAUACUAGCAAGUUAAUUGUGUUAUUUAUUUUUUAAUUAUGUCAUAGUCAUUCCUUAUAUAUAUGUAAU